AUGUCGUUUCUCCAAACCAGCUUCAAGACAGGCUACAUCACCGACCUCAUCCUCCCUCCCACCCCCGAAGGCAAGACCCUAGCCGACGUAUACAAUGCCGGAGUCGAGGUCGCGCUCAGCAUGGCCCAGACGCCGGAGCAAAUGAGCGCGCUCAACCCGUUCGUGUACAGCGUCAAGACCAUGGCGCCGACCGACCCGCACGCCGUCGAUGCGUCGGCGCUCGCGGCCCAUUUCGCCGUCGACCUCGACGCGCCCUACGCCGCCGGCAGCUUUGUGCAUUACGAGAUCAAGGACAAAGUGCCCGUGGCGCUGGGCUAUUCGGCCGAUCUGACGUAUUAUAGCGCCAUCCGCCGGACCUCCGAGGGCAUCGAGGCCCUCACCAAUCCGGGCAGUGGGGUGUUGCUGCAUGGGCGAUGGAUGAUCAAAGCCGGCAUGGGCGAUGGGGCUGGGAAUGAGGGUAGAAUUGGGAAUGUGGCCGUGGACGCGCCAGAUGGAACAGUGGAUGCCAACGCCAGCGCCCACACCCAGACAGGAACAGGAAUAGCAACAGGAACGGACGGCAGAGUCAUCAAUCUGCUCGAAACAAACACCAUAUCAUGCAGCGUCCUGGUGGCGUGGUUCAUCAGGGCCAGUAUGGACAAGGCCCAUCGCACGGCGCACCAGCGGUUCAAGGACCUGUGGACCCAGAAGAUGGGGGAAAGGGGGUUUCCUUCCACAUGA